AUGUACGGAAGUUCCACGGAUUACACAGUGGUGGUCAAGAUAUCAGCGUUAAGUCUUGGAUUCCUCGAGGAUUUCGUGUGCACGACGUACUUCGCGACUGCGCUUUGGACGUUCGAUACUCUCAAGCAAGUGGCGUUAGAGCGCUUAAAAACAACUAGCGGGAUGCCGUUGGAGAUUGUUGGGGAGAUUGCUAAUUUCACGGUCUCGUGGCUGCUGUUUAUAGCAAUGAUGGCGCCUUUCAUAGCUGAUAUGGUGCUGGUGGUAUACCGCGACAUGCGAUUCUCGUUCAGUCUCCUCGCUACGUUGAUCAGAGAGAGGGAACAUCUCAAAGACGCUCCGAUAUCCAGUGACGAAGUCCAAGCAGCCUACGUGACUGCAGCCUCAACUACUCGGUUUCAACUGGUACGCGUUGCUGUCGUCAUCCUGAGCCUUGUGGUGUUACCUGCGAUUGCUGUGGUAGCCCGGAGCGCUUGCUCGCCGCUCGUGGCGUACACAGCGUUAAACGUGACACUGAACGAGUUGCUUCUCCACAUGUUCGAACCUGCCCCCAUGGAGGUUAAACUUGCAAACCUAAUCGGGGAUGGACCGUGGGUAGAGAAGUUCAUCGACAAGGCCGAAGAUCACGAGCGCUUUGGAGAUGAUACACUGUACCGACGCACCACAGGCUUCAAAGGAGAGCUAGCCUUUAACGUCACAAUUGACAACGACAAUCCGCCAAAUGUUUUAAUCAUUGGAGUGGAAUCUUUCCGGUACCGAGACUCGCGGUACCUCGUGGGAGAGGAAGACCCGUCAAACUUGUUCAAAGGCACAAAUUUGACAAUAACGCCGAAUUUCGACCGAUGGGCGAGGCGAGGCGUCGCCAUGCGCAAUAUUUGGUCCAGUAUCCCGACCAGUCGGUCUCUGGAAAGUCUGUUAUUUGCGCAAGUUCCUUACCACAGCAACACACAGAGUGGGAUCACAGGAGGAAGAAAUGAGACGAAGCUUUCAGGACUGCCCCAACUUUUCUCUCAAAAAGGCUAUGAAACAUUUUUCACCACGGGAUCGUCAAUAAAGCUGGAUGCGUGGAAUGUUUUUUUGCCUACACAUGGCUACGACAAUGUGUGGAACGACAAGGUGAUGAAGUGGAUGGCGGAGGAGAAGUUCAAUAUCAGUCGCGAUGACUGGAGAGGCAGUGAACACCGAGGGCUCGGCUGGGGUGUCCAUGAUGACGUCAGUUUUCGACUUGUAGGCGACUUGCUACUGAACAAACUGAAGCAGCAAAGAAAAAGAAUGGCGCGUGGGGAGCCAAAGAAGCCCAUGUUUGUCACGCACUACACAAUUUCGAGUCACGAACCUUAUAAAUCAUGGCCCAAAUGGUACCAAAAGUCUGCAAAGCCCGACUUUUCAGCCAUGUACGAAGGCGAGGAACACGCAGACAGGAUCGAAAGGUACAUGAAAGUAAGGUAUUUUACCGAUAUGGAGCUUGGCAAGUUCAUGGAUCGUAUGCAGAAAGGAGGGUUCCUCAAUGACACUAUCGUGGUCAUUGUAGGCGACCACGGCCAAGCGCCCGAAAUCGACAAUUACCACUUACAUGAGGAAUCUGUGACGCGUGUACCAGCCGCGAUCAUUGCCGAAGGUCGACUGGGAGACGCUGUGGGUCUCGUGAUCGACGACGCAGCAGAGCAGAUUCCAGCAGAAUGGCAUUGGACGCUCACUCAAGCGUAA